CGGCUAGCACGGUUCGCUUUCACCGAGCAGACCCGGGUUCGACUCCCGGUAUCGGAAAUUUGUUUUUUUUGCUCUUUCUCUAUUAAAAAUUGAUCACGUGAAAACCUUAAAAAAAUCUGAGAUGCACAUCUCUGGUUUAAAUUUUUUUUCACUAUUUGUAUUCUACAUAAUAGAAUUAUAAGAAUCAUAAGAGGUUUAAUAAAUAAGAAACAAUGGCUCCACAACAAUCAAAGACAGCUAAACGAAAUAAGACUCAGAAUAAGACUCGUUCUAUAGAGUCCGAAGUUUUCUCCGACUCCAAGGCUAGAAAUUUACUUGCAUCACAACCUAACUUAACUCAAAAAUCAAAAGUCAGAAAGUUAUCUAAAUCAGCCGUAAAGAAACAACAAAGACAGGUGAGAUUAUACGGUGCCAAGAACGGUAAAGAAUAUAGUGAAUCACAACUAGAUAUCCCAACCUUAAAUACUGCCAUUGUGCCUGGUGUUAAAGCUAAAAGAGGUAAAAAGGGAAAGAAGUUUGUUGCUGAUAAUGAUUCGUUAACAUUAAACAGAUUAGUCAGAAGUAUUAAUGAUAAAUAUGAUCAAGUGAAUGAAAGUAAAUUAGAAAAAUCAAGACGUUUAGAAGAAUUAAGAGAAUUAAAGAGAAAAGAGUUGGAAAGAAAAGAACAACAAAAGAUAGAUAAACUCGAAGGUAAGAAAGACGAAUUGAAAAGUAAAGCUUCAGUUGCUAGAAUAAAUAGAAGAAAGAAUGCUAAAGCAAGAAGAGCUGACGAAGAAAGUGAAGCAAGUGAACCAAAGAAGAGAAAGAAGGGAGUUUCAUUCGCUUAGAUUUAUUAUUUAACUUUGCAUAUUUUAUUUCAUCAGUCUACACAUGUUUUCAGUU